CUCGCUGUGCCGAAGGCACGGCUGGGGACAAUCACAGCCAGCGUUAGUGCGCGUCCUGCGGGGGGACAGGGGGCUGUGCCACAUGCGGCUGCUGUCCCCGGCACUCGGGCUGCUGUGUGGCAGAACAGCGCGGCUCUGGAGACGAGCCCAGAGACCGGACUGGAGCCAGCGAAGCUCCAGCAAUGCCCAUUUGGUCCCGGCGUCUGUUUGGAGCGGCCGUGCCGGUGGGGCAGUGCAGAGGCGGGCGGCCAGCCCUGCGGGAGCAGCCCGGCUGCCGGGCUCCAGCCCCGCCCGUGCGGCCGCUGCCCCGCUCGGAGCGGCGCUGGCAGCGCCCCAGGCCCGUCCUGCGGGCCUCCGGGACCUCAGCAUGUCCGGGCCCGAGGAGACCGACACCCAGGACCUUCAGGGAGCUUCAGGAGCUGGGACACGCCCGGAGGGUGUCCCCUCCCUCAAGGAAAUCGAGCAGCUCCUGAACACUGGGCGGCCCUCUUGCAAUCACGUUGAUGAAGUAUGGCCUAAUCUCUUCUUAGGGGAUCUGGUAACAGCACACAAUAGAUUUGUUUUGUGGAAGAUGGGUGUGACCCACGUUUUAAAUGCUGCCCAUGGCACAGCAUACAGCCACGGAGGCCAGGACUUUUAUGGAGCAACCAUUGAUUAUUAUGGCGUACCAGCCCACGACCUGCCAAGCUUUGAUAUCAGCCAGUUCUUUUUCUCUGCUGCACAAUUUAUCCACAAUGCCUUGAACACGCCAGGAGCCAAAAUACUGGUACAUUGUGCAGUAGGAGUAAGCAGAUCAGCUUCUCUAGUCCUAGCAUAUCUCAUGAUAAAUCACCACCUCUCAUUAGUUGAAGCCAUCAAGACAGUGAAGGAGCAUCGAUGGAUUUCACCCAAUCGAGGUUUUCUGAAGCACCUGCGAAACCUGGAUGUUCAGCUACGGCAGAGGAAGGACUGCUGAACAGGCAACCCUAACUGCAUUCACUUUACUGAGUUUCCCCCUUCAGAGCCAUUGUGCAUGUAGAACUUCCUAUGAUCAGUGCACAUUACAAAAUUAAAGAAAAUUAUGCAUUGAAAUAAAAGGCCUACAGAAUGGUCAAUGGAUUCAUUCUGACAGCUCAGACCCUCCAAAACCAGCGCAGCCAACAGCAGCACUGUAUUCACUGCACGGGGUGGAACUGCUGUGCCUGAGUGGUGCUACUGGAUGAAUCCACUGAAGUGGUUAAGACAGACCAAGUUUGUCCCUGGUUUCUGCUCAUGCCAGAGGCAAGUUCAAUAUUUGCAUCCAGCUGUAAACGAUGUUUGAGUCCUCUUUAUUUGGGAGUGUAACAUAAUCAUCUUUCUCAGUUUGGUUACAAUUUUCACAUGCAUAUUCUCCUAAGGAAAACUUUGUGUUUCAGGUCUGGUGUUGUGACAAGGGCAGUUUCUUCAAGAGCUCAGGCACUCCUACAGAAGUGUUCCUCUUUUGCUUGUCUGCUAAAUAUAAUGCUGUUAUAGAAAGUUGUGACAGCCACAGGACCCACACCAUCAGAAUUAAGUGUUUAUGACGCUUUUGCAGCCUGGGUCAGCAAACUCCAUGGGUCUUUCCUUCUUAAAUAUGUUUUCAAAAAGAUAAUGUAUAUCAAGUAGUAUAUUGAGGACAUUAAAAAGAAUGUGUCAGGUCUUCGAAGCAUUUAAGUUGGGUUCAUCAGUUUGCUUGCACUCCAAAUUAUCCCAAAUCAGUUCUGUGUCAGUGGCUUUGGAUCACCCGUGGUUUAAUAUCAGGUAGACACUUAGCUUACAUCACUGGCUUGGCCUAAUUGAUACAAAUUACUUUUAAGCUGUUUUGAGGAUGUCACUUUUCCUGUCAGCAGUUAAUCAGUACUUAAACCAAUGUGAUUUUUAAUACAGUAACAGCAUUUGAAAUUCAUGCUACCACUCUGCCUGAAAAUUAGCUUGUUACCUUCUGGUGAACCAUGAAGUGAUAAUCAAAUUUGGUUUUGCCCUUUGCUGCUGGUUGGAUUUAUUGAUUAGUCGACCUUAUAAAGAUUUCCUGCCAGAUUAAAUAAAUACAUUUCUGCUUCCUUGUUUGCAUUUGAAGCAUCGCUUCUGAUUAUUUUAUUCUCUGCUGGAAGAGACUUGCAAGGUUAUUAGAAGACUAAUAUAAUGGUGACUUGUGAGUUGAACCUCUUUCUUUCCAGACCACAUUUCGUUCUUCGUCCUUGGAGAGGUUAUCUUGGAGAGAAAUCCCUCCCUAUUUCACUGUACACAAGUGUUUUGCAAAAUAAGCAUAUUUAAGAUCCUUUCAGACAUCAGUUUGACUGUUGAGAUUUUCCUAAACCUUGUGAAAAAGCUCUGCUGAUGAGAGAAUGGUAAGACAUUGUGUGAAAUAAUCAAAUAGGAAAUCACAUUUAAAACCCAACAACGCUAGGACAAUCUUUAUACCUCACAAAGCAGCAGAGCAGUG